AUGACUGUUGUCGUCAAUCAAGAUGAAGAGCAGCAGGCAUUCAUCCCGAAAGCCCAAGAGGACAUGACACUCUCAGAAAAUGAUACCCCAAAAGCGAGACUGAUUUGCAAUGGAUAUUCGCGAUUAAUAUUAGAAAUUUUUAUGGGAAUCGCGAUUGUCUUUCUGUCGAUUGGUCACAUUUAUGACAAGGAAGCAAUCAAGUCAUCGCUAGUUCCUAAUUCUUUACUGACAAUCGAAUUAUCAGUUGGGCGGGGAUAUAUUCAAAUUAAUAACACUGGUCCUAUCGACCUAGGUGAACCCUACAGCAUCGACGUGCACUCGCGUACCGAGCCAGUAUAUAUGAUGUCGGUGUUCCAUCAGCUUCAUUGCCUCAAGUCAUACAUUGUGCAGGCAUAUCAAGCCGCAUUCACCGGAUCAACAUUAACCAAGGAGCUAGCUCACCACUCCUCUCACUGCUUUGACUAUCUCCGGCAGUCGAUAUUGUGCGCCGCAGAUACCACUCUUGAGGGAAAGACCACGAGUGGUCCAGGAUGGGGGUCUGUACAUGAGUGUAAAGAUUACGACGCAUUGCUAGCCUGGGCAAAUGAGCACAGUGUCAUGGCGUGGAAAGCGAAUACUGUUGACACUGCUAUACUUUAA